AUGCUGUCCAUGUUUUCAGGUCUAGAUUUGACUCUAAACUCUAGCGGCGCUGUCGUGUCCCAUGUCAAUGGCGGUAGAUCGGCUGCCAAAGACCUGCUGAUCUCAAAGAGCAUCGAGAAACAAGCAGAAGCUGAAUUUGCAGCUUUGCAAGCGCUCAAAAAGCAGCAACAGAAGACACAACAACAGCAGAAUCAGAAGGACGAGCCCGUCACAGCUUUAAGUCAAGCCUUGAGUCUCUUUGACAAGGAAAUGAACGAUCGGGACUCGUUUGUAUCCCGGAACACCAAACGAAGGCAAAAGAGUGGUCAAAAGACACGAGGAAACACUCUUCGUAGCCGUCUGCAACGUCAGAAGAAGUACCAAGGACUAUAA